GUACCAAAAGAUCACACUUUUCGGCUUCUAAUCAUCAAACCCUCAUAUAAAGCGAUUGAUCAAAUUGUGAUGAACUUUCAUGAACAUUGUGAAACUUUUGAAUAAUAAAUAUCUGAAUAUUAGAAUCUCGAAGAGCGAGUAACCAAGUGCUUAAAUGAUUAAAACGCGAGAACUCUAAACAUUUAGUAACACAUAAAAGAAAAGUGAAAUAAAAUAAAAACUUUCGAGAAGAAGAAACAUGAAAAAUUAAAUCGAUACAACAAUGCAAUAAAAAAAUAAAUUAAAAUAAACUGAGGCUGUUUUCUACAUUUUUGUAUCGUGUGAAUUAAUAAGGAAAGUUAACUCGAAGAGUUUGAGCAUCUAAAACACCACAAGACAUAACACCACUUACGCCAUUCAUUUAACUGAUAAACGUCACCAAGUAAAUUAUACAACGCUUCUGUGUCCAUCAUCAAACAAACGAGAAAAAAAGCAUUUUUUGCGGGUACUUAGCAUAAAAAAGAACUACUACUUCACCAAUCACCUUGACACGGGACGUCAGCAAAAAAAAUCAUCCGAAACUUCACAGCGUUAUUUAUUUAAUCAGUCAUCAAAAAAGGAUAAUUCAGAGAAGUCAAAUAUUUGAUUCAAGUGAUCAGAGUAAAAAUGCUUCAUUCCACUUCGUCACCACCGCUUCAAUCUCUCUUGCAACGCAAUUGUUCGCCAUUAAAACAAAACUCAACAAUGAACGGCCCAGGUAGUGCACAAGACAGUUAUUUUAUAUUUGAUGAGCUCUCGACCGCACUGCCGGAGCGCAAUAACAACUCUGAAUGUAGUAAAAUCAUUGGAAAUAAUAGUUUUUCCAUGCAAUCGAAUAAAUCUUCAUCGGUUGGUUCGAGCAUCGGUGGCUCAACGAACACAUCAACUGCAACAAAUCUCUCAUCAACAUUCCAACGUCCACAAUACAAUCAGCAGCAGCAAAGAUUUGGUUUUGGUGAGUUUUGAUAAAAAAAACUGAAAAUCGCAAAAGCAAUCAGACAUUCAUGAAAAAUUCACCAUCUACAUAUAAAAUAGUCACAUUCAAUGAAGCUUUAAGUAUUAUUGUCAGCGGUGUCAAAUGAGUUAUUAUAUAAAUCAAUUAAUCAAACAUGCUACCGCGAACCAUCAAAUAUUAAAGCUAAUUUUUUGUUAACGUUUAAUGUGCAAAUUUUUUUAUCAAACUUCCACUCGUGCUUUAACAUUUUGCUUAGGAGAAAGUCGUAAAUUUUUUAAGUUGAACUUUAUGGCUCAUAAGUCAGAAAAAAUUUAUGUAAGGAACGAUGUUGUUUCACUUCAUAAAAUGAAAAGAAAAAGUCGCAAGUAACUACAUUUCAUGAAGCAUGCUUCAUGUUACGAUACUUAAAGUCGACAUAUAUUCGACAGAUUCUAAAUUAUACGAAGAAUGAAGCACACACAAAUGAUUCGUAAAUCACAAUACGAUGAAAACAAUCCUAAACAUUAACAAUAUUAUUUGCAUAUCUCCUUAAUGAUCUCAUGUCUGAUGUGAUGAGAAUAACUCGUUAAGUGAAAGACAUCCAUAGAUAUGAAAAGAUUCUUCUUGUAACUUUUAUGAUGGCACAUAAAAUUAUUAUUACUGUUCACACAUUCAAGGAUUUUAUUCGGGUGGAAAAUUAUUUUCAAUGCAUAUUGAAGUUUGUACGCUUCAUAAGAAAGUCCCUUCAGUAAAUAUCAUCCUUUCUCUUGAAAUUUUAUGAACUGAAAAUUGAGUCAAAGUCGCAUUGUUGUUACUUGAAUACAUUUAUGUUCCACACUCCUUCAUAAUGUCAACAAUACUUACAGAAAAAUGAUAACAAAGAUUAUUUAAGUAAAGAUGAUAUUCAAGAGGGUUAAGAAAUGAGAUUGAAACAAGAGUUUUUCUCAACAGUAUCCGGUGUUUAACUUUUCCAGAUACGGAUAAAUACUUUUAUAAUGGUUUAUGUACUUAUUUACGCUUUAAAUUUUCUUACUUGCAUAUUGAAUCCUGAAAUAUUAAAUGAGAGAGCGAUAAACAUAAGAAAAGGAGGACAUUGAAGCUUUAAUCUGAAAGCUCGCUUGUCAUUAAAGAACUUGCAGAAUAUUCAUUAACAGGAAAUGUCAGCGUAUCAAUUCAUCACUGUUGAAUAUCAUCAUUGUGUAAAUAAAUAUUUGAAUACGCAUAACUUACCUAAUUCUUAUAAAUCUUUCUUCUUUUCAAUGUAUAAACUUUUUUAAUUAAAAGGUAAACAAUACCAGCUGAAAUCUUUUCUACGAAUAGCAAAUUAAGUAUCAAUAACUACUACGAAAAAUAAAGCAGGCUAAGCCACCUUCUCGAACCACAAUCAUCAUAACACCAUCUUAUAAAAUAAAUCUUAUCAUCAUUAGAAUCAUCUUACUACUACAUCUUCUUCUUCUUCUUUUUAUGCUACUAAAUCGUGCUGUAAACAAUCAAAACUCAACAAACUCUAUUAUAUUAUUUUCAUCGCUCUCAUUAUCACCCGCUCGCUUCAAGGACACAAAACAGAAUAUAUUUAAUUGUCUCCUAAUUUUAUAUCCCAGCAAUAUUUGUAAUUAUGAGUUCAUUUUUUCAGUAGAUGAAUACAUGGACAUGUUGUGAAAGUUAAAAAAAAACAAAACAUGAAAGAAUUUACACAAAGAGUGAAAUGAACAAAGAAAAAAAAAUAAAAGAAUAUAAUCGCUUUUUCUAACUUUUUGUUUCUAAACUUUUAUUUUAAUUAUUUAUGAUUUCAAUCUCGAUGAAUUAAAGAUUGAAAAUAUUUGAAUAUCAAAGAUUGUUGUCACAUUGUUUAGGGUCAUAAAACACACAAACAUGGGGAUAGAGUGGAGUGAGAAUUAAUUAAGAAUCAAAUGAAUUACAUUUCAUUUCAUUCCAUUCAUUCUCACUCACUUUCCCUCCAUCUUUCUUCUUCCUUUCGCGACAAAAAUUGUGUUGUUAUUUGGUCUAAGGAUUAUUUAAUCGCCACAUCAUUUUUAUUCAUCUUUCUAAUGAUUAAUAAUAAUAUUUAAUAAUAAAAAAAAACACCAACAAAUCAAAC